CGCUACGAAAUCUCACGAUACUUGGUACGAUGGACGACUCAAUGUCCUAUCCCAGACCUUCCCCUGCCCUGGUGGAACCGUACUGGCAGAGUUUGGAAUGCCUUACGGUUCACUUUGAGACGGGACGACCCUCUGGUGGCCAGUAUUUCUGGGACCCGAGCAGAAUCUCUGACCAAGGCCGUGACGACGACUUGACUAUGAUAUCAGAGACAGAUCCACCACCUGGUUACGGACGCGGCGAGGCUGAGGGCGGCGAGAGCGGUAAACACUUCUUCCUUUCGAGGGAGCGAGAAUUCGUAACAGCGAUCGAAAAGGUACUCCCAGAUGAGGAUGCACUGACCCCGCUGUUCGAGUCGUUUGGGCGGGCUUGUUCGCAAAUCCCAUCGUUGAGAAGGGCUCAGUUAUCAACAGUUAUUCCUGGACCUCUAGAGGCCCUUGAAGUUGGACUCCCCGAGAACCGAUCUCCAUGGGGAGUCUGGUAUUUAAGUCCUGGUGCAGAGCCCUGUGCGAAAACUUUGGAAAGACGACCAGUGUUUUCUGGAGACGUCCAUCACAGAAGAUUGUUCUGGGAUUUGCAAGGCUGGCUACCUGGUUCGAAGCUACAGAACCUCAUGAGAGAUGUUGGGCGUCAGAGAUACGGGAACUACUUGGUGGAAAGGUUCAUCAAUCUUGGAGUAUCAGUAUGACCUCAUGAGCGAAUUCAGCGUAAUGAUCAUG